GACAGCAGCACAUGUAUAGUUAGUAACUCUCGAGUUGGACACUUACAGUUAAUCCUGUCAAACGAACACACAAAUACAUAUACAGAUACUAAACCUCUGGGGAUGUCCCUGCUCUGAGACUUUUAGGGAUUUACCAUCGCUUCACUUCCAUACAAGCAUAUAUCCUCCAAGCGCAACCAUGCCAGUCCUUAAGAACCUCCCGUCUCGGCUGAAGGGAGGCAGAUUUAGUGUGGAUUUGGAGACUACACGUAGUGAGUUCAUUCUCAGAAAAAUGAGUCUUAACCACAAUCCAUUUGAGGAGCCUGGUUCAGAUGAGGACUGGCCAAGAAGCAAUGGAGGCUCACUUCUUGAUGGGCGUGUGCCGCGGGACAGAAACCCGUUUGAGGAUGAGGAAGACGAAAAUGAGGCUAAUGAGGUGCGACGUGGAGGCUCAGGGAAGGGAAGCUCCAUCAAAGGCACGCUGGAGCGCAUGAAGGGGGUCUCCCCCCUCAAGACCCUGGGCAAGCUGGGCAAGAACUUGCGCAUGUCUGCCAGGAGCAAGGGCAGGGAAACUCCCUCCCCACAGGGCUCUAUAGGUUCAGCCUCACCCCUGGGGAUGAAGAAGAAGGGCAGACGGAGUUCAGAAGGGAGCUUGCUACGAAUGGCAGGGAAGUGUAAAGAUCGCAAGGAGAGCUUGACCAAUGGUGACCUAUGCUCAGAAGCUGAUUCUGACUCCACCAGUCGUCGACUCUCCUUCCUGAAGAUGGUGGGCAAGGGCAAGAUGAAGAGGGAGUCCAUGCAGGACCACUCAUCCCAGGGCCCCGAGGAAGAGCCAGUUGAGGAGGUGCCCGAGGUCAAACCCAGGGAGCCACUAUCAGACGUAAUUGUUGUGACAAAAGAAAGCAUUGCUUCUUCCAUGCAGCUGUCCUCAAGUGGCAGCACAUUCCUGAGUGAAUGA